AUGGAGGGGGGAAAGCGACCAACCACAAGUAGUAGUACUUCACACUCACAGAAACCAGAGAAAAAACAUACUAGUACUAGUUAUGGCAAGCCAAGUGCAUAUGCAUUGAAUGUCAAUGCUACAAGUCACCCUAAAGCUGGACAAUCAAAACAGAAGACGCAGAGUCGAACUCCCAAGUGCCCUGUAUGCCAAGAAGCACAUCUACUUUAUCAGUGCCAGACCUUCAAAGCCAUGAGUGUCAGUGAUCGCAUAGACAAGGUCAAGAGUUUAAAACUUUGUUUUAACUGCUUUGCUUCGCAUUAUGUCAAAGACUGUAAUUCAAGACACUGUCAGAGAUGUGGGAAGAAACAUCAUACCUUGAUCCAUUAUGAUCGUGAGCCAGAGCUACCGGAAGAAGAGCAAGUACAAGGUCUACGUCAAAAAACGGAGGUUCCCAAGAGUGUAGGACUUGUCAAGGCCAUUACAGGUCCAAAGGAGAUAUUGAUUCAAUCCACUCUAGCAAGAAUCGAAUCACGAGGAGCAAUUUCAGUAGCGAGAAUCUUAUUUGAUACAGGCAGCGGUGUAUCAUUCAUAAGUAACAAGAUGGCAAGAAAACUGGACUUGCGAGGACCCAAGGUUGAGGCAGAAUUUUCACUAGCCGGUGGUAACCAGAUGAGAUUGAAAACAGAGAGAGUUAAGUUUCAUCUAUCAAGCGCUAUUCCUAAUUGGAAAGGUGAGGAAUUUGAGAUAGAGGCCUACACAGUUGAUCAGCCUAGCAUGGACCUCAACUGCGUGAGAGUAGAUUUGUCAAAGCUGCAACACUUACAGGGAUUGCAGAUAGCAGACACAUACCCCCGUGAAUCGGCUGAAAUUGAUGUUAUGUUGGGGCUAGAGGAUACCACAAACAUCUUACUGCCUGUUAGAAAAACUGGACCACCAGGAAUGCCAACUGCCACAAAGAGUCAUUUUGGAUGGGUACUUUCAGCCAGACAUUGGGACCUAGAACACUUGGGAAUAUUACCUAAUGAGGUCAAGCACCAAGCCACAGAAUUGGAGACUGAUGCAUUGCAGCAGCAUCUUGAUAAUACCAAACUCGUAGAUGGUCAUUACGUCACAGGUUUGAUUCGCCAUCCGGACUGGAAGGACAAGUCUUUAGAAUCAAAUCGAACCUUAGCAGAGAAACGUCUCGAGGGGUUGGAAAGAAGAUUACAGAGGGACCCAGACUUGGGAAAGGCCUACCAAGAACAGAUCCAAGAGUUAGUUGAUAAAGGGCGUGCCGAGAAAGUUGAGGAAUUGGAGAAACAAGCGCAAGCAAUAUGGUACUUGCCUCAUCACCCUGUUGUUAGAAUGGAUAAAUCAACCACAAAGGUGCGUGUUGUGUUUGACGGCUCCGCCAAAGGACCAGAGGGGGUGUCACUAAAUGACACAUUGUUUAGUGGACCAGCACUGCAGCCCGACCCACUUGCCAUACUUUUGCGUUUCAGAAAACAUAAAGUAGCGCUUGUAGCAGAUAUAGAGAAAAUGUUUCUUCAAAUCGGCAUGCAAACUGGAGAUCAAGAUCUACAGAGAUUCUUAUGGCGUGACAUGGACACUAGUAAAAAACCUGAUGUUUACAGGUUGAAAACAGUAACAUUUGGUCUGAAAUCAUCUCCAUUUUCGAGUAUCAAAACUGUAGUGGUCCAUGCACUCACACAGACAAAGGAAUACCCAAAGGCUACUGAUAAAAUAACAGAAAAUAUUUUCGUGGAUGAUGUACUGUCUGGAGAAGACAAUAACACAGCAGCAGCAAGCUUAGCAGUAGACAUGAAAACAGUCUUGAAAUCUGGAGGAUUCCCACUCAGGAAAUUUGUGUCCAACAAACCAGAAGCUUUGGCUGGAUUAGAGGAGUCAGAUCUUGCCUGUGGUAUAGUAGUCGUCACUGAGGAACAAUUUACUACAAAAACGUUGGGGAUCAAGUACAUUCCUAAAGAGGACGUACUAAUGUUUUCCUUUUGCGAGACGAUGGAAAAUGUACCCUGUGAAACUCGUAGGACUGUUUUACAACAACUUCAUCGAAUUUACGACCCGAUGGGUUUGUUAGCACCGUUCACUUUGGUAGCCAAGCGGCUAUUCCAACAGUCCUGGAUGGAUCGUACUGACUGGGAUGAGAAGUUAUCUGAUGAACUUCAUCAGAACUGGGUACGUUGGAAGGAGCAAGUUUCUGAUCUGGAUCAGAUAAAGGUCCAGCGAUGUAUAGUUCCUGAGAGCUUCACUCAAUCUAGAUUCACACUGCAUGGUUUCGGUGAUGCGUGUGUAGCAGCAUAUGGAGGAGUAGUUUACGUCAGGGUUGAGGACUUGCCAACAGGGAGAGUGCACACAGCUGUACUGUGCUCUAAAACUAGAGUGUCACCACUUGGAAAGAAGAGAAGCUUACCAGAGCUAGAGCUCAUGGCUGCGCUAAUCACAUCACGCUUGGUAAACUACGUUCAACGUGAAAUCAAGUUGGAAAUAGAGGAUGUACACUGCUGGACUGACUCACAAGUAGUACUUGCCUGGAUUAGCAAACCUGCCUACACUUGGCAGACGUUCGUUGCCAAUCGCGUGAGUGAGAUACAGAAUCUAGUACCACCUAGGAAGUGGAGUCAUUUGCCAGGGAAAAUUAACCCCGCUGAUCUAUGCUCGAGAGGAUGUUCUGCUGAAAGCUUUGUUAACUCGCAACUCUGGUGGUGA